CUGAAUACUCCUAGAUACUUAGAUUAAAUAAAAACGCAUUCUAUAUAAUUUUGAAUUUGGAGUCCGUGUACUCUUAUAUAAGCCAAAGAAAAAACACAAAGUAUGAUUCAAUUUACCACUUUAUCGAUCAAAUCAAAGGUUGGUUUAGGAAUACUACUAUCUUAUACUUCUUUCGAAGUAUACAUGCAAUUGAGGACCAGAUACUUGGUUUACUCGCGUCAGCAGAAGUUUAGUAAGCUAAUGAAGGAUAUCUCAGAAGAUGACGAUGAAGCAAUAAAAAAAUAUAAAUCUGCCACCAUAUCCGGAAUGUUCAUAAAUCCAUUUGAAGAAUAUCGACCCCAGACUGGGUUUGAAUUUUUGUUUGUCAGAUUGAUGGAAGCAGUAGAAAGUAUCUAUGGUAAUAAGAUUGAACUUCAUGACAAGUAUCCUUCGCCAAGUGGUGAGUUCAAAGAAGUUGGUGAUUUGCUCAAAAGUCAUAAACCAAAUCUUGAAAUAAUGAAAGAGAAUGCAGUAAUUUUCCAAGAAUGCCUCUCCAAAAAUAAUUUCAAGAAACUCUUUAGUUCUUCUGGCUGGUUUAAUUCACUCACUAGUAAUAUUCCGGCUGUUAACAAUCAGAUGUUAUUCACAUGGUUGGGUCAAUCUUGCUCAUUGAUUCAAAUAUCAGGUAUCAACUUCUUGACUGAUCCCAUUAUCAGUGAUCAUCUUAUAAGCCAACAUUUUGGUCCCAGGAGGCUCAUUAAAUCUCCUCUAUCUCUAGAAGAUAUAAAUCAUGCUACCAACAAUAAAUUAAACUUUGUAAUGGUUUCUCAUGAUCAUCCAGAUCAUCUUGAAAUGGAUUUUGCUAAAAAAAUUGGUAAUUCAGCUACCUGGAUUGUUCCUCUUGGAAUGAAAAAGAAAUUAGCCAGGAAAGGAAUUUUCAACAUCAUAGAAAUGGAUUGGUGGGAUACUGUACCUCUUAAUCAAUUUAUUACUUUACAGAAUCCUGAAAGUAAACUACCUGAUAAAUAUGAAGUUGUUUGUCUUCCGACAAUGCAUUGGUCUGGUCGUUAUAUAUUAGAUUCAAAUCAAUCUUUAUGGGCAUCAUUUAUUAUAAAACGUAACGGAAAAUCCAUUUUAUAUCAUGCUGGGGAUACUGGUUAUUGUGAAGAGCUAUUUAAUUUAAUUGGUAAGAAACAUGGUCCAGUCAAAUUAAGUUUAUUACCAAUUGGGCAAUAUUGUCCAUCGUGGCAUCAGAAACCUCGCCAUAUAUCACCAGAAGAAUCUAUCAAGAUUGUUAAUAACUUAUCAUCUAAAUUUAUGAUGGGUGUACACUGGGGGACUUUCAAGUUAAGCUCAGAGCCAAUUUUGGAACCAAAGAAUUUAUUGUUAGAUUUAACUAGCAAGCUUAAUAAGAGUAAUUUUUAUAAAGUACCUGAGUUUGGAUUGACAUACUUAUAUGACUUAGACAAGGAUACUGAAAUUCAAUUCCAUCAAUAGAUUAGCAUUUAUAGACUUAC